AUGCCUGAUCAAAGGCAGAGCGCUCAUUAUUGCCGCGCAUUGGCCAUCCGAGCACUUGAUCUCUAUCAGUCCAAUGAUCCUCAGCCUUUCAAGAUUGAUAUUCUCAGCGGUAUGCGAAUGCUAGAGAAUGCGUGGAAUCAUGUCACGCCUUCAACCAUUGCCAAUUGCUGGACUCACACCAAAAUCACACCCAAGGAAACGGACAAAUGGGAAGAAAUCUUUGUUGAUCCCAACGCGCCUGACAGUUCCGACUCUGAGUCCAAGGAACCUAAAAUGGACAAGCCAGCAGCAUCACCAGAGAAGCCGGCAUCAGCGAAGGCCAACAGUGAUGCCUGGGAUGUGAUCUUGGAAUUCGCAAUGACCGAAAUGUCGUUACCGCAAGCAGAACAGGGGCUUGAACGCGUUCUUGGCACGGAUUACUAUCCCAAGGACUGGAAUGCACCUCUUGACGCUGUCAUGGCCUGCAAAGGCGAUUCAAUCAAGGCUGAGCUCGCUGUUCGGGAUCUCAUGGCCACUCAGACUGAAGCUGCUGCCAAGGGUCCUCUGCGCCGAUUUGCUUGCGAUCGCCAUCUCCGCGCGGCCGAGGAUGCGCUGUCUGACACCAUUCAAACACUUGCCACGGUGAAAUGCUGA